CCUUCACUUCAUUUUCCCCAUCAACAAACAAGGCCCUCUGUUCCUCCGCUGCCAUUUUAUGAAAACUCUCUCCCUCCCCGGAUUCUCUCUCUCUAAAGCUUCGAUCUUUACGGCUUUCCUUUCUGUUGAUCUUCUUCUUAUCCAUACUUUAGGGUUUUUUGCUGUCUCCUAUAUGCAUACGCAUCUCCAUCUCGAAUCUUGAGCUCUCAUACCCGAGAUUCAGUUUUAGGGUUUACAGAUCUGUUCUUAUAUUAGGAUUUUGGUUUCUGCUUGCCCUCUCGCGGGAUAUACGUGUCACGUUGCCUUGUAUCCCUAGGCAGGAGAUAUGUUUUGGAAGCUCCCACCUCUCUCGGCUUCUUCGCCGAUCGAAGCCAUAUUGGACAAGGAAAAUUUCACAUUGGAAGAGCUUCUUGAUGAAGAGGAGAUAAUCCAAGAAUGCAAAGCUUUGAAUGGUCGCCUCAUAAAUUUUUUGAGAGAGAGUACCCAGGUCGAACAGCUGCUGCACUAUAUUGUUGAUGAACCUCUUGACCAUGCGGAUAGCAAACGGACAUUCAAGUUUCCAUUCAUUGCCUGUGAGAUAUUCACGUGUGAAAUUGAUGUUAUCCUUAAAACUCUGGUUGAGGAGGAAGAGUUAAUGAAUUUACUCUUUUCCUUUCUGGAAUCAAGCCAUCCUCAUAGUGCAUUGCUGGCUGGAUAUUUUAGCAAGGUUGUGAUAUGUCUAAUGCUGCGGAAGACUAUUCCGCUUAUGAAUUAUGUAAAGGCCCAUCAUGAUGUUUUUGCGCACAUGGUUGAUUUGAUUGGUAUUACUUCCAUCAUGGAGGUUUUGGUGCGUCUUGUAGGUGCUGAUGAUCAUAGCUAUCCCAACUCUACAGAUGUCUUGCAAUGGUUGGCUGAUAGCAAUUUAUUAGAAAUGAUUGUGGAUAAACUAAGCCCUUCUUGUUCUCCUGAAGUACACGCUAAUGCUGCAGAAACACUGUGCACAAUCACCAGAAAUUCACCAUCUCCUCUUGCUACUAAGUUAUCUAGCUCAAGUUUUGUUGCAAGAAUAUUUGGUCAUGCACUUGAAGAUGCGCAUUCAAAAUCUUCCCUUGUCCAUUCAUUGUCUGUCUGUAUUUCAUUGUUGGACCCAAAAAGAUCAAUUCCAUCAUCCAUGAUGUAUGCCUUCCGUAGCCAGCACAUGUAUGAGGCUCCUAUGCAUGUGGAUUCUGACACUAUUGGUGCAAUGCUGCCUAAGCUUGGUGACUUGCUGAUGCUGUUAAAUGUGUCAUCUGAUGAGAAGAUUCUGCCUACAACAUAUGGUGAAUUGAGACCUCCUCUUGGGAAGCAUCGCUUAAAGACCGUGGAAUUCAUUUCGGUUCUACUGAAAACUGCCAACGAAGUAGCAGAGACAGAACUGAUCAGUUCAGGGACAAUUCUGAGAAUCCUGGAUCUCUUUUUUGAGUACCCAUAUAAUAAUGCUUUGCAUCAUUAUGUUGAGAGUAUAAUCUACACAUGCCUGGAAAGCAAAAAUUCUGUCAUUAUUGACCAUCUUUUCCAAGAGUGUAAUUUGGUUGGAAAAAUGCUUCAGACAGAUAAACAACCAACUCUUUCCAGUGAUGUUAAUCAGGCAACUACUCCUGCUGCUGGAAAAAAAGCACCUCGGAUGGGAAACAUAGGGCACAUAACACGCAUAUGUAAUAAACUUGUUCAGCUGGGAAACAAUGAUAGUCGGGUCCGGGCACAUCUUGAGAAGGUUAGUGAAUGGAGUGAGUGGCAUGCUACAGUAUUACAAGAUCGUAAUAAGACUGAGAAUGUCUAUCGAUGGGCAUGUGGCCGUCCUACUGCCUUGCAGGACCGGACAAGAGACAGUGAUGAGGAAGAUGUUCACGACAGAGAUUAUGAUGUAGCUGCUUUAGCUAAUAAUUUGAGCCAGGCAUUCAGAUACACCAUAUAUGAUAAUGAUGAUGCUGAGGAGGGUCAUGGAGCUCUUGACCGGGAUGAUGAGGAUGUUUACUUUGAUGAUGAAUCUGCUGAAGUUGUUGUAUCAUCCUUAAGGCUGGGAGAUGACCAGGGGAGCAGUUUGUUCACAAAUUCAAACUGGUUUGCUUUCCAAGAUGAUAGAAUUGGUGGUGCUCCUAUGAGCACCUCAGCUUCUGAUUUGAUGGAGGAGAUCAACCUGAAUGGAGCACCCAAUGGUGGUAGCAGUAAUAGUGAUGAUGAGGUGGUAGUCGGAGCGGAGGAUGAAUUGCCUGAAAGCAAAGGUUUUACUGAUGGCAAAACCAGUUCUAAUGUCAACCACAUUUUCAAUGGAUUUACUGGAAUCAACACCGUCAAUGGUGUAGGCUUAAAUGCCCAAGAUGGGAAAGCAGGUGCAUCUGGUGAUAUGGAUUUCUUCCGUUUUGAGACAUCAGAGAAUGAUGACCCUUUUGGAGACAGGCCAAUACCUGAAUGGGUAGCAUGGGGGGAUUCCACAGAUCUCCAAGCCGGUGGAUCCAGUUUAAAUCCGUUUCUUGAUCAAACCAACUCUGAUGGUGAAAUAGUCAGUUCAGUGGAGGCAACCACCACAUCACCGCCAUCUCCUAAUUCCACAUCCAGUGGAGAAUCUCCUCCAAAUGAUGCCUCAACUUCUCCUGAUUCUAAUAAGACGACUUCAUGUGUGUCUGGUUCCAGUCAGAAAGCUGCAGUCCCUUCUUUGUUUGAGGAGGAUGUUGAAUUUGUAGGCGUGGAAUUAGAAGGUACCGAGAAGGCAAUGGAACAUGCCCUCAAGGAGGGUAUUGUUGGAGAAGCAGCACCAUUAAAAAGGAGCAGCUUACCCAAGUUGCCAGAAAACGAGAAUACAGACGAAAGUGCCGCAUCUAUGAAAGAGUUCAACGACGCAAAUUACUGGAGAGUUGAUCAGGAAGUUGCGGUGUUGGAGUAACAGUACAAUAGUCAACAAUCAAUUUUAUGUGAACCUGGAAGUCAGAGCUUUGCUGGCCAGGGACUCAUAUUUUCAUUUGGUGAGAGUUUAUGCAGAAGAGACAAUGUACAGUAUUUUUUUUUUUUUGCUUUAAUUUGGAUUGGACCAUAGGCUAUAAUAUAGUGUUUGUUACUGAUUAAUUAUUGAUACACUUGCUCAGUUGUCCAGGUUUUGUGCCCUUUUAUGGCAAAAUCUCA